AUGAGAGAGGUGGCGCAGGCAUACGAGCUCAUCAAGAGCCAUCAGCCUCGCCUCCAAUUCGAUGACGUGCAGCAACUAUCGGCAACCACCAAUCUAGCACAGAGCCUCCUCAACAAUGCCAUGCGAGCCCUGCACCUCGCCUUAUGUGUCAUGAAUCCUCAAACUUCUGCUCAUUGUGGUGCUGAGAGCUCAUCAAGAUCCAACAGGCCUCAUCUCUUCUCGCCAAGCGCUGCAGCAGGUGAUGUGGGAGGAAUAACGAGCCAGCGGAAAAAGGGCAAAAGGAGAAGAGCAAAUGAAGAGACCUCAUGGGUUAUUCUGACUGAAGCACCCCAUACUGAUGGGCACUACUUCAGGUGCAGCUACAAAUAUGACAGAGGUUGCCAGGCAACGAAGCAAAUCCAGCAACAGAGUAGCAACGACCUUCCCAUGUUUCAAGUGACCUAUAACAGUGAGCACACAUGCAACUGCACCACAGCUGCCAACACAUACAUCAAAAGUGAUCUUCCACAAAGAAGCUCCUGUGAUAACAAUGGAACGAUAAGUCAAAUGGGUGACGCCAUGAUCAGGCAAGAACAAGGACUACUGCCUCCUCGAGCCGAAGGUUCUACAGUUUUCAUGGAUACAAUGUCAUGGGAGGAGCCAUUUGUUUUGAGUAACCUCUACAGUCUAAGUCCAAAUCAUGCCGGUUAUCAUACGACAAGUACCGAUGAUGGUGCUUCAGAUUUCCAUUGUGGGUCCACCGAUGGAACAUAUUUGGUGUUGCCACCGGAACCAAUAUUUGAAGAUAACCCUUGCAUUGAUGCUGAGCUUGACCUCCUAUAUAUAUGA